AUGAAGAAGUUCAUUAAGCUACGACAUCUGGAAAUCAAAGGGACUUCUGCACUGAACUACCUCCCAGAAGGAAUUGGGGCCUUAAGCUCGCUUCGCACAUUGUCCAAAUUCAUUGUUGGGGAUGAUAGAGGGUGCAAGAUUGAAGAAUUGAAAGAUCUCAAUCGCCUAGAAGGAGAUCUAGAGAUUGUAAAUUUGGAGAGACUAGCAAGAGGGAAUGAUGGCUCAAAGGCAAGCAUAGAGAAAAAGCAAUACAUAAAUGUCCUAAGUUUAUGUUGCGUUGAUAGGACCGAUGAUGAGUGGUCGAUGGUUGGAGAAGAUGAAAAGGAACAGAUGCGUGAUGUCUUUGGAUCACUCCGGCCUCAUGAAAAUUUGAAAGAGCUGAGGAUAUGCAAUUAUAUCGGUUUCGGGCUUCCUAUUUGGGUAGGAGAUGCAUCGUUUCACAAUCUAGUUUCAGUUCAGCUUGUGAAUUGUCACUUGUGUAGGCAAUUGCCUCCACUUGGUUACUUGCCAUCCCUCAAAUACCUCGAAAUAGAUGGAAUCCGUGAACUCCAAUAUGUGGGCCACAUGCAUUAUGGGGUCCCUUUUGUUGGGCCGAAAGGAUUCCCAGCAUUGGAGGACUUGACAUUCAAGCGAAUGCAAAGAUGGGAGACAUGGGAACUAAGUGUGUCUGAAGAACAAAUGCCAUGCCUGCUUCAACUAACCAUUUUAGGCUGCCCAAGGCUAGAAGCAAUCCCAGAUGAACUGGGACAGCUUCGAGCACUCGAAUCUCUUACCAUCUGGCAAUGUACUCAACUGAAGUCCCUGCCCAAAAGCUUGCACCGUCUUACCACACUUCGACGAUUGAUUAUUGAUGAGUGUCCUUUCUUGAAAGAGCGCUGCCGGAAGGAGACGGGAGGGGAUUGGGGCAAGAUAGUCCAUGUCCCUAAUAUCUGUAUUGAUGGCGAGCAAAUACAAUGA